UCAACUUGCGUCACUAGAUAUUCUCGGAACAUUUGCGCGGUGUCUGUGUGAGAGUUCAUUUCGGUGAUUCGUGAUGUCUGCUAUCGGAGAAGCUCAAGUCCCGGCCGUCGAGAAGCCGACGGCGGAAGUCCCAGCUGCUAAGGAGCCCAAGAAGAAGGCUUCGAAGCCAGUUAAGGAGAGGAAAGCCAAGGUCCCCAAGGAGAAGAAGCCAAAACAACCAAAAACUGCUGCUCAUCCUCCAUACUUUCAGAUGAUCAAGGAGGCUCUGUUGGCUCUGAACGAGAAAAGUGGGUCCAGCCCAUACGCCAUAGCCAAGUACAUGGAGGAGAAGCACAAGGCCGUACUCCCCUCGAACUUUAAGAAGAUAUUGGGUCUGCAACUGAAGAACUCGGCCACGAGAGGGAAGCUGAUCAAGAUCAAGGCAUCGUACAAACUCUCCGAAACGGGAAAGAAGGACAAGGUGGCAAAGGACAAGGUGGCUAAAGCCAAGGCAACCAAGCCCGCUCCGGCGGCGAAAAAACCAGACCCCGCAACUAAGAGGGGCACGAAGAGGAAGCCCACGAAGAAGGUCGCGCCUGUGGGAAAGAAGGCGAAGAAGGCGACUCCUGCCAAGCCCAAACAACCCAAGUCAAUCAGGUCUCCUGCUGCAAAGAGAGCCAAGAAGGCCACUGCCUGAGAAUUCAGGGAAAAAGAAAGAGAUUAGAAAAAUAAGUAAAUUUUCGUUUGCUUGUUUGUGUUAAGAAAGGAGGAUUCUAGAGGUUUGGUUAGAUUUAGGUCUCUGUGAAUAUGAAGUGCCUGUAUGGUGGGUAAUGUGAAGAAGAAAGGUGUAAUGGUGCCCCUGUAAUCUUCUGGAUGUUUAGAGAUGACUGGAAAAUGGAACCGGCUUUUGGCAGAAAGUUUUAGUAUUUUAAA